CAUAAAUCGUGUAUUUAAGUUGUGGACGCAUCCACAGAAACCACAUCACGCGAGCAAAAGUGCCACAGCUCCUCGUUAUUUAUUUCCGACCUCCUAAAGCAGAUCCCCAACUUGAUCCACUACCACACUCUUCAUCAGACUAUCUGUGCAUUAAAGACUACACCGUACAAAAUGAAUGAAGCACCUCACCCUCACCCUUCCCAUUCAUCCAACCACCCAAUCCCGGCUCCACUGGCAGGUCCAGGGAAACGCGGCAUGGAUGAAGCCACACUCCGCAAGCUCUCCCGUGCAGAGCUGCAAAAGCUAGCCAAGGAACAUAAAGUGAAAGCGAACAUGAAGAGUGCGGCGAUCAUUAGAGAGUUAGGAAAGCUCUGUAAUGUUGCUCCACUACUGCAAGACGAAGAGAGCGAAGAGCCUCCGAAAAAGAAGUCAAGAACAACAGAGGAGAAUCCUCCGGCCGCUGGUCCUUCGACACGAAUAAUAGACUUACCGAUGGCCACCAGUCGUAAGUAUCAUGCCUCGUAUCAUGCCUCACGUCGCAGUGCAAUAAACCUGACACUUUGGUCAGCCGAUCAUCCCAUCAUAGAGGAAGAUGCUCCCACAUCCGUCAUGCUUCUGACAGCAGAAAAAAUCACUCCGAUAAUCGCAGCUGGAGAUGCUGCUGACAGCCCUCCUGAAAAUCUGGCGGGAAAGUCGCCAAGACUGUCACCGGUACUGGAAAGUCAUACUGGACACGCAGCUGCGGAGGAUGUCCCCAGUGAUUCGGAUUCCAACUUGUCCCACCGAAGUAUGAAUCAGGAGGAAUACUAUAAAUCCCCCGUUAGCUCGCGUGCAGGAACGCCUCCACCCGAGGAACCACAAAUGCUCGACCGGGCUGUCAACAUUAUGAAGCAGAUCACAGCCGACGACCAACGCAUUCUCGUCCAGAUCGCUGCUCUCCGCCAGAGAGCGGCGGCACUAAAAGAACAGGCGAAGAACGUGAGGGACGUCGUACGCGCCGAGAAGGGGCGACGUGUGAGAUUGGAAGCAUAUUUUGCGCACUGGAGGGAGAUCGCGCCCAAGUGGCCAAAAGAUUGGAUAUACGAAGAAGGCGAGGAGGAUGAACUCCGGACCGCGCGAGUGCUAAAGAAUAUGACACCACCGCUACCGUCAAUUGCAACAGGCCCACGCACAUUGUCUUUCGACGGAAGAGACGCACCGGACUCGCAUAGGGAGCUGAGACGCCGUCAGCUGCUGCCACGACAGAAAGCUCGUGGGCAGGGGAAUGGGGCAGCUGCUCGUCCUACAGAAGUCGAGCAGCCACUGACCGGUGAACGUGCCAAUCGCCUGCCUUCGCCGCAGUUGACCAAUAACGGAAGAGGGACCAAACGCAAACAUUCUGCUUAAAACGUUCACGAUUAAUGCUUCGAGCUUGGUCUACAGAUAUUCCUUCACCCUCGAUAAUGACUCAUGAUAGUGUGUAUCACUCACGUAUUUCUAAUACCCCACCAACCGUAAUUGAUAAUGACGCCUUCCCAUCAUUUGUCUUUGGACUCAGGACUGACUUGCGUUCGUCAGUCCGAUUCAUGCUAGUAUAGUAUGUCACAUGUUCAGCCAGCGAUUAGAAAGAAGAGGAAUAUCGCACCAAUUGAAGCC